AUGUGGGAUGGACAAAACAUUUUGACAUUAAUUGUAAGAGAUGGAUAUGGUGUUACAGAUGUUGAUCAUUUCUGGUUCGGCGAACAUUCAAAUUAUCCUUCAAAUUACCAUGAAUAUGACGAUAGAGAAGAUAUUAAUAAUGAGCAAAAUAUUGACACUGCAUUUUCAUUUGGAUGGAAGAACAGACCAAUAUACGCUCAUGAAAGUGUUACAUUUUCUGUAUUAUUAGGAAUUGGCGAAGAAUUAAGCAGUCCUCCAAAAAUUCAACUACUUGAACCAUUCAAAAGGAAAUACAAUGUAAAUGAAAAUAUAAGAUUAUGGGUCCAAUAUUAUGAUCCAGACCGUUCAUCACAUUAUGUGCAUCUUAAAUACAGCUUCUUAAAUGUUGAAAAUGGAGAAUUGGAUAGCUAUUUCCCUGCUGACAGACCUAAAGGUGCAUGGAAAGUAUUUGAUGAUAGAAGAAUAUUAAAAUGUCCAUCAACAAGUGGAUCCUAUCCUCUUAAAAUUUGGGCAGAAGAUGAGUUUGGAAUGAAAUCUCCAGUUAUUGAAUUCUAA